AUGAGCGAGACUGCAGUCAUUGUACCCGGAGCGGAGUGCUCCGACGACGAGAUCUUGGGAGUAGCUGAGCAGCAUACACCCAAUCUCGAGGCCACGAUCGCUUUCGCAGAAGCAGCAGCAGCAGUCGCACCUGCGCUGGACCGAAGAAUAUUGAAGAGAUAUGAUAUUCACCAGCCCUCGCCGGACGCGGCUGUCAAAGAGGUGCACCUCAAUGGUCUACAACCCUACCAGAUCACUCGCCGAUUACCUCGACCCGACCGACCGAUGAACACAAUAUCGGCCCUGCCCUCUGGCGAGGUCAUGGCGGGCACGAAAGCAGGGCGUCGAGAAAGCCACAUCUUCGUGGGGAACCCAUCACAAGGCACGACAGUCUGGCUCCCUGUCGUCGCAAGCGAUGGAGCAUGGAACUUCAAUGCCAUCGAUAGGGCACUGCGUUGGCGAAGAAUGAGCGCAACAACAACAACUACUACAAAGGACACUCACGAGCAACAUAUACCUACCGACCUCGAGCUCAUCGACGCGACCACUUCUGAGCCUCUCGUUGAAUACCACGCGACAGAAACCGGCGCAGCGCUCUACAUCUGCUCCGAGCUCGAAGAAUCCUGCGAACUGCUGGUAUUAGCAUCCAUCCUCGCAAUCACAGAACCUCAGCGGCGCGCACAGAAGGAUAUCAUCCGACCGGAGAGUCUCGUGGAUCCUUUCCUCUCGCACUCCUCCCUCCCGUCUUCGCCCGAAACCUCUCCCAACCCUUCGCCCAAAAGACCUUGCCCAUUCGAACACGAUGUGAUUCUCUCUCGCGAUUCGGUCUUGACGGAUAAGUUGGCGGAAUUCGCGAGAAAAUUGAGUGAGACGAGUGAAGAGGAGUGGACGGCACGGGCGGUACAUCAUCAUGAUUGA